CUACUGUCUAACAGUAGGAUGAAUAAUUAUGAUGCGUUAGCUAUUCAAGGUUCGAAGAAGCCGCAAAUACAUCGAAGCUUGUGCAACUGUCGCAACAGAAGCCGCAAAUACAUCAAAGCUUGUGCAACUGUCGCAACAGAAGCCGCUGCGUUAUUUCUUGUCGAGGUCAUGCAGAAAUGGAGAAAUGGCUUGACACCAUAUAGUGGAUCUGUUAUAAUUCCCGUUCUGUACGUCAACAAGAGAGAAUAUAGAUUUGAUUAGCAGACUUAAGAUUGUCUUCGUCAUCUUUCGAACUUCGUGUUCUGGAUUUCUAACUGACAAUUACAAAUCAAAAUGUCGUGCAAUUAUAUAAGUCGUGUUUGUCCACAAGCUCUUGACCCUUUCGCAUUUGAAGCGCGUCGCCAUCACAAAGAACGAGUUGAGUCAAGAAAUGAAGUAUCGAUUGCUCUCAUUGCACGUAAUAAGAGGCUUUAAAAUAUUACCACAGAUUGCAUCGCAGGCAUGCCCGAUCAAACCAUUGAUGAAAUGCUGUCAUACAUCGGUCAUUAUAAUGUGGCACACGCGGUCGGCUGUCUACUUCUUGCGUCAUGCGCUCGAAAAAUUUGGGUGGCGUACAAAAAGUGUAAAUAUGUGGUUGGUCGCAGCAUCAUGUCACCAGCUAAGCCGUACUUCUAUGCCGCAAAAAAUGUUGACGAAGAUGGUUUAACGACGAUAGUGUAUUGUAGUCGUAUUGUAGUCGACGAUAUCAUAUGUGUCGCCCCAAGAUGAUGGCGUCAGCUCUUUUGCAAACGCUAUUAAGAUAUUUUGGAGUUUAUCGAUUUGAUCUUCCACUAACCCUCGUUUUUGGUAUUAGGACCGAUUAUACUCGGUAGCAGAGCUACGAUUCACUUGUUGCUCACAGGCUAUUCCGUUAAUUUAAGGCAGAAGCAGAGACAACGUAAGCUUCAAGCAAAUUUAAGAUCAUCAAAAGCACCAACCAAUCGCACCAGAAACAUAUAGGUUGAUGUUAAAAUCAUCAGGUAGAAGACGCGAGCCUUCUUUGGCAAUGACGUUCCUCGCUAAUUUCUCCAGGAAAAAAAAAGUUGAGAGAGGCAACCUACUAGCCGUCAGAAUAAGUUGCGUUUUU